CUUCCGGUCCGGCCUCCUGCAGUUAAACAAAUAUAAUUUGUUCGCCUUUGUUGCAAUUAACUCAAUCCGAUCCACCACGGGCUUGUUUUAACAAUAUUUUUUGGCGCGUUUGGUCUCAAGAUUGCAGGUGGUUCUCCUUUAGUGUUCGUAAACUCCAGUGCAUGCAGCUGCACUAGGUAUGUAGUUAACCUAGUUUAACCUGCUAGCAUUAGCUAGAACGAACAGCAGCAGUACUGCUUACAGUAACGUUCACGUUAUCAACAUUAGCACGAACUGAAGAACGUUUGGUUGGUUUAAACGGAGCAUGGCCGAGAUGGAGGACGAUUUGCCUGAUGGUAUGCCCAGAAUAGGGCCUGAUGAUGACGAGGAUUCUGAGAGGGAUGAAGAUGAGAGAGACUGGGUGGUGUGGGAUGAGGAAGAAGAGGAGGAGGUGGUGGUAGACUCUGAUACACACUUGUCAAAGGUGGACACUCCUCCAGAGCGCAGUGGUCACAUCGCUGUCGUUGAUGGAAACUUCAUGUAUGUGUGGGGAGGAUACAAGGUAUGCUUCCAAAAUGCAGAGGCUAUGGGGCUGUUUGAACUGUAUCUGCCCAGGAGUGAAAUGUGGAUUUACAGCAUGGAAACUGAAAGAUGGAAAAUGCAGGAAACCGAGGGUGAGUUGCCAGCCUCCAUGUCUGGCAGCUGUGGUGUAUGUGUUGAUGGCAUUCUCUAUCUGUUUGGAGGACACCAUACCAAUGGAAACACCAACCUAGUGUAUCGUCUUCCUCUGAGGUCUCCUGUGCUGCGCUGGGAGAAGGUGGCUAAUCUCAAAGGCCUGGCCCCCACCUGCAAAGACAAAUUGGGCUGCUGGGUGUACAAGAACAGCUUGGUGUAUUUUGGUGGCUAUGGCUACUUCGCACAAGAGGGUCAUAGAGGGACCUUUGAAUUUGAUGAGACUUCUAUCAUUAUGGGCAAUCAUAUAGCACGUGGCUGGAACAACCAUAUCCACAUUCUGGAUUUGGAAACAUUGACAUGGAGCCAGCCAGUCACAAAGGGUAAUUCGCCAUCUCCGAGGGCAGCUCAUGCCUGUGCAACUGUUGGCAAUAGAGGAUACGUGUUUGGGGGUCGAUAUAUGAAUUACCGCUUGAAUGACCUGUAUUACAUCAAUUUGGACACUUGGGAAUGGAGCGAGAUGUCUGUGCCCCAGAAUGGUCCGGUAGGCCGUUCCUGGCAUUCCUUCACACCGGUGUCCCAAGACCACAUAUUCCUGUUUGGUGGGUUCACCACUAACAGACAGACACUGAGUGAUGCCUGGUUGUACUGCAUCAGCAAGAAUGAAUGGAAGUCCUUCAAGCACAAGCAUUCAGAGAACCCAAGGCUCUGGCAUACGACGUGUUAUGGCCCAGAGGGAGAAGUGUUUGUGUUUGGAGGCUGUGCCAAUAAUCUCCUGUCCCGUGAGCGAGCCGCCCACAGCAAUGAACUACUGGUGUUCAAUGUCCAGCCCAAGACAUUGUCGAGGUUGUGCAUGGAGGCAGCUGUACAGCACAGAGAUCAGCUGGAGACCAUCUGGGACUACCUGCCCAAGCAUCUACUGAACAGCCUCAAACAGAGGAUGAGCAGCGUCAACACCAUGGGCUCCUAAACAGAGCAGGCCACUGACACUCUUGGAUGUAUGGUAUUUGUGUGUGUGUGUGUGUGUGUGUGUGUGUGUGUCUACUGCCGCAGUCUUGCCCCUAGAGGCUGGAGAAAUUACUUGGUUGCCUGCGAGUAAGCAUUGUUUGUUAUCAGAGGGCAGGACACGAUGACAAUUCAAGUCACAGCGGUAGAACACGUCAAAACAAAAGGUUGUGAUAGGAGGGAUUUGUACCCAUGUCCACUUGCCUCGAGUCCCUUUUAUUUUGAAGCAGAAAGAUGCCAGUUUUGUGAGGAUGGCUGAGUUGCUUUUCUUUUUGAAUGCAUAGUUUUAUUGUGUACAUAUGUCAAAAUAUAUUUAUAUAUAUUUUUGUU